CUCGGUCUACCGAGCCAUUUUUGUACCAAACCGUGUAAACACACGACCGGUUUCUUCUUGUUAGUUAAAUAAAAAAUAUAAUAUAAACAGCACUGUAGCAUGUUACGCGUGAAAAAAUGAGUAAAAGAUUGAAGCUAGGCGCUCUUUCAACAUCAAGAACUUUGCGUUCCGGAAAAACUGUUAAUGCGGAUUCAUCAGAGAAAACGUCACCUUUCUUCACCGAGGAGAAAAGAUCUAUAAAAACCGGCGCAAAAAAACGUUUACCGAUUAAGAUCGAGUAUGAGACAAUCGGGAAUGAGGCAAACGAUGACAGUAUCAAUAAGAACUCUGCCGUCGAGAUAAAAACUAAGAAUCCAGUAAUAUCAACAGACAUAAAUAAUAUAAAAGAUAUAAAAGCUGAGAAACUUGAGAUAAAAGAUAAAAAUGCAACAGAUUCAACAAAUGUUAAAAAUGAGCAAUGGGUACCAUCAAAUUGGGAAAUUGUUCUAGAAAACAUCAGAGAAAUGAGGAAACAUAAAACUGCUCCAGUUGAUGAAAUGGGUUGUCAUAAAUGUUCAGAUCCUGAUACCACUCCAGUGGUAUCCAGAUAUCAAUCACUAAUAGCUUUAAUGUUAAGUAGUCAAACCAAAGAUCAGGUCACCCAUGCUGCUAUGCAGCGUUUAAACGCUCACGGUUGUAAACCAAAUGUAAUAGCAGCUACUCCAGAUGAUGUUCUGGGCAAACUUAUAUAUCCAGUUGGAUUUUGGAAGAAAAAAGUGGAAUACAUUAAAAAGACAACUGGCAUUCUUUUAAAUAAAUAUGAUGGUGAUAUUCCAAGAACAGUACAGGAACUUUGUGAAUUGCCAGGAGUAGGUCCUAAAAUGGCUCAUCUGUGUAUGCAAGUUGCUUGGAAAGAAGUGUCUGGUAUCGGUGUGGAUACACAUGUUCAUAGAAUUUGCAACAGAUUACAGUGGUUGAGAAAAACAACCAAAACACCAGAAGAAACUAGAAUUCUGCUGGAAGAGUGGCUUCCUAAACCCUUGUGGACUGAAGUAAAUCAUCUCCUUGUAGGAUUUGGUCAAGAAACUUGUCUACCUCGAUUCCCUAAAUGCUCUGAAUGCCUCAACAAAGAUAUAUGCCCAUCUGCCGGAAAAAAUGAUAAAAAAACAAAAAAGUGAAAUAUUUAUAUAAAUGUGUACAAUAUUUUUUAUAUUUUUUAUUGAAUA